ACCUGACAGCCCACGCAGCGCGAGUGUGAGAGGAAAAUCCGCUUCUUCAAAACACGCAACAGACAAAUAGCGCAAAAAAUCUCCGCAACGCGAACAUGCGAGACGCCGCAAAGAGAGGAAACGGAGAGCACAGAAAGAUGGAUAACUCUCAUUCAACCAGUGUGAAAAGACCUGAAGGUAUUGCGAAGGAUGAGGACGUGUCAUAUACUGUCAAAGUUCAAGGAGCCGGGGUGGACAUGUUUGAGUUACAGGUUAAUAAGUUCUGGCUGGCCCAGGAUGCAAUAUUAACCAUUUUAGGUAAAGAAGAGGUGGCCCCUCGAACAUCGGUUGCUCUUGCCCUGUCUGGUGUGACCCUAGACCCGUUUGCUGAGCUCCAGAGUAUUAAGGGCUUCAAAUCAGGAGUGACCCUCAAACUAAUAGAAGAGGCUUAUUCUCCACGGUCUGCCCGAGCUCACCUGGCCCGGGUUCAGGAGCUGCUGAGCGUUUCCAGUCCACAGGAUGCCCUGAGGGAGGGCAGAUCACCCAGUGUUCUCAACACACUCACACACACGCCCGAGGUACCUUCUACUAGUCACUCCUCAAAAGGCAAAAAAGCUCACAGUAAGCCUGAACAGACGAAUGAAAUUCCUUCACCUCCUGACUACAUCCUUCCUGGGGCCACAGAACGGGCCCCUUUGGCAACCUUGCUGCCCAUUAGCUCUCACACCGAGGUUCCCGGUUGCCUCUUGGACCUAUCACUAAGCUGCUGGAACCCUCCUCCCGGCUCCAGGAAACUGCAGGGUGACUUCUUCUACAUGAGUGUACAAACACUGGAGGGCAAACACUAUGAUAUCACUUCUUCUGCUUGGGGAUUCUAUGUGAACAGGUCGACGGUGAAUGCUUUUGACCCACGUCCAGCUCAGUCUUCCUCGACGUGUCAUUGUUUAACUGACCUGCUGUCUCAAAUUAGCCCACAGUUCAAGCACAACUUCAGCAUACUCCGACACAGGUCAACCCAGCCUACAGAAGAGUCCAUGGCCACUCCAUACCACACUCUGACCUGGCUGGGCAGCUCGGCCUUCCAUUCUCACAAGAUUAACUACAGCAGCAGACUGGGUCUAGAGCAGAGUCUUAACACACAGGCACCAGACUGGAAUGAGGAACUGCAGGCAGCCAGAGAUCUUCCACAGACCACUUUAGAACAGAGACUCCAAAGGGACAAAGCCUUACUGCAGGUCAAUAGUGCUUUUGUAUGGUCAGUGGCUCAGGCUGCUGAAAAAGUGCUUGACGGCUUGAUCGAUCCAAUCAACGGCUCUAACGAGACCCCAGCCUUCUUGUGGGGCGGUUUAUUUCUGAGCAUCGGUGGACCCGGAGCGCAAUGGUGUGGAGGAGAACGGGGCCGAAGAGCAGCACAAAGACUUGAAAUGAAAGCUAUCGAAGCAUACAGUGAUCUCGAGGGAGACCUACAAGCACUUCACACUCUGCCUACCGCCCUAGCCGAUUACCGAGGGCUCCGUCUUUGUGCCCAGGGCCUGGCACCUGGUAUUCAGGCUCAGGAGCAGCCCGGAGUCUCCAACGGCCUCCUGUAUAGCGUCAGUGCAGGUGUCGUGGAGAACCCAGCGCGCAGGAAGCUCCUGCAACUGCUGGCUCAGGCAGCCAAAGCUCUCAACAUUCAGAGGCACGCUGUUCAGUCCCCCAGCGGCCAUCAAGUGCCCUUGUUUACCUCCAUGGAUGCCCAGGGGUUGCUGGGAGCGGACGGCCGGUACUACAUUCUUGAUCUGUUCCGUACCACACCCGCCGAUGCUAACUACUGCAUUAAGGAGGGGGAAGAGGACGCCAAACAUUAUCCUCAUGGGCUGUGUCGCCUAAGGCCGGAGCUCGUCAAGCUUUUCAUUCAGCACAAGCACACUGAGUUCACAAAGUGUGUCCGGGCACAUAUGGAGGAAAGUGAAGGAGCGGAGGACGCAAAAACAGGUGAUUCUCGGGGUACAGAAGCAGUGAGAGCAGCAUGCAAACAGGGCGGCUCUAUCAGUGACAUCAUCUUCGAGAUGCGUUUUAACCCAAACAUCUUCUCACCAGGUGUGGAGUUUCCCAGUUCAGAAAGUGCUGCUGUGUCUCUACAGGAGAGAUUAUUAAAAGAAGCCGCCGUGUUCAUCAUAAACGAUCAGAUUCCGGCUUUUCUGGACGACUGCAUGAAAUGCAAUGAGGUUCCCAUAGAUGGUGCCACAUUACGGCAAGCACUACAUCAGAAAGGGAUAAAUCUCCGAUAUUUGGGUCAUCUGAUAUCCUCAAUCAGUCAGUCGGAUAACAAGACGCAACUGAGGCACAUCACGAGAUUGGCGUAUGGAGAGGUUGUGGUGCGCUGUGCUAGAAGGAUCUUCAGUGGCUACAUACAGGGAGUGGAGUUGUCUAGCUUGUCCGCUGCUGCAAGUCACUUCCUCUGCUGCUUAUUGGUGCCUCACUUUAACCCCGCCUCAAAUGGAGAGGAGUCGAAGAAACGCUCCAAGAAGCGUGGUCACAAGGGUGGUGGAACUGCCGACAGCGUUACGUGGGGCUCGCUCAGUGGGAACGAACUGUGGAACCUCAUAUGCCAGGAUGCUCAAGAGACCUACGGGCUUAAACAGGGACUUGGGUCAAAUGUUGACCACUUGGUUGAGCAGUAUGGGCUUCAGAAGCUCUCCCUGUUACGAGAGACGUGCCUGAAGAUUGGCAUACAGCUCCGGCUCAGAGACUAUGCUCUCGACAGUCGUAGCAAAGCGCCGAUUUCUCCUGAUGACGUGCUCAAUCUCGUACCUGUGGUCAAGAACAUCAACAUGCCGACAGCCGAUGCUUCCCAGGCUUUUAAUGCAGCACAGAACAGCCUUCAGAAAGGGUUGCUGGAGCAGGCGUACGAGCAGCUGAAAGAGGCUGCGUACCUGUUCGGCCGUGUGUGUGACGAUCUGCAUCCGGAGGCCUGCCACUGUCUGAGUCUGCUGGCUAGACUGGCUUAUGUACAGGGUCACCCUGCUGAGGCUCGCAGUGUACAAAUGAAGGUGGUGGUGAUCAGCGAGAGGGUGCUGGGCUUCGACCACCCAAAUACCAUCCAACAAUAUGCUUUGUUGGCCGUCUACGUGUUCGCUGGAGGGGAAACAGCUUUGGCUCUGCGUUGUCUGUAUCGAGCUAAACUGCUCAUGCUAACAGUACACGGGGAGGAUCAUCCCUACACCGCCGUGCUAGACACUUUGCUGGGUUUGGUGCUGCAGGGUGAACAGUCUUUGCAGUAUCUGCAGAGCGCUCUUAAACUCAACACGUCUUUCCGAGGAGCCGCAGAUCUGACGAUUGCACUGAAUCUCCAUCUGCUGGCUCAGAGGAUGUGUAUGGCAGGAGAUUACAGAGGAGCCAUGGCUCAGGAGAAGGAGGCUCACAACAUUUUCCAGAAGCAGUGUGGAGACCACCCGCAGACCAAAUGCAGUUCUGACUUUCUGAAAGCCAUUACCCAGCAGGCUGUGUGUGUGGAGAGGUCCAUACGACAGGGAGGGGCAGAGCUUGCUGACUCAAGCCCACCAGAGAAUCUGGUUCCCACUUUCGAGACCACACUGGAGCAGAUGGCUCUGGUAAAUGGCAUCCUCAAGACCUCAUAUAGCAUGAGGCUUCUGGAAUUUAAAGAGAAGCUGAGAGAGAGAAAAGCUGGUGAGGAGGCUCUGAGGGCCAAAGGAGAAUCUCCCAGUGAGGUCAAACCUGAUGCUGAGAAACAGACUGAAGAGGUGAGCGAGGGAAAUGCUGAGAGUCGACCUGAAGAGCCAGACGUAUCUGAAGCGCUACCUGAGCAUUCAAAAACGACCGACCCAAGCGAGUCCGAGGUGUCAAAUGGAGAUGCGGCACCCAAAAACGAAGAAGCAGAGGGAUCAAGAGAUCAAAAACAAAUCCCCAAAGAGAUUAGUACAGCGGACAGUGAGAAGUCAGAACCAGCUCUGGUUAAUGGAACUCACUUGGCCUCUGUAGAAGAAACGCCCGAGAGAAAAGAGACUGUUAGUGAAACCGCAGCGGACUGAACGUCUACAGCUGCAGGGGUCGACAGGCUUUACUGGUAAACAGUCACUGGAAUUUAACUGCAUUAUCUGACCUAACAGUUAGCUUAGCAUCAAGUUUAAACCCAUCUGCAGGUACAUUAGAAGCUCAGCUAACACAACGCAGCAAACUAAAACUGUCUACUGAACCAAGAGGACGAGGAGAGAAGAAACGACUAGAAGCUCUAACAGUCCAAAUUAUGUACACAUUUUAUCUACAGCAAUGAUUUCUUUUUCAAUAAACGCCCUUUCUUUGCAUUA